AUGCUCACGCCAGGCCGACGAUUUCUAGCUGGCAAAUGCGAUAGGAAUGGUUUUUUUCUGGGGAACCAGAACACACCUCCACCGCCAUACAACGGCCCCAAUGGGUACUUUCCGUGGGAAGACCGGAUCGCCUUCGAGUUCACCGAGCUGACGUACAAGGAGAUGCAAGAGUCGGCCGGCAAUCUUGAGCAAAUUCUCCGGCUCUGGCACGCGAAAUGCAUCCUCGAAGGAUGUCCGGAGGCUGCUCCGCCGUUUGACAGUGUCGACGAUUUGCUUGACACCUUGGACCAGGCCCCCUACGGUGACACUGGAUGGCGAGUUUUCCGUGUACGUUACACCGGUCCCGUCGGUCCCGACUCCCCGUCCUGGAUGCGACAAACCUACCUUUUCUACGCCCGAAACACCCUCGCUGUCGCCGAACAGCUCGCCCAAAGUCCUGAGUUCAAUGGCAGGUUUGAUUAUCGCCCUUAUGCUGAGCACGCUCAAGACGGCACACGUCGCUUCUGUAAUCUAAUGUCAGGUCAGUGGGCAUGGAAUAAAGCGACCACCAUUGCGCAAGAUGUUCCGGGGAGCGUUGGGUCAAUGCUGGUUCCUAUUGUGCUCGGUGCGGACAAGACCACCGUCUCAGUUGCCACAGGUAACCAGGAGUUCCACCCAGUAUACAUGUCACUCGGAAAUAUCCAUAACGACAUGCGCAGAGCGCAUCGUGAUAGCGUCGUCCCAAUCGCUUUCUUGGCUAUUCCUAAAGGCGAUCAUCACAAUGGGGACGAAGAAGAGUUCCGGAUUUUCAAGAAGAACCUUUAUCACACCUCCCUGGCAAAGGUCCUCGAGCCUUUACGCCCUGGAAUGACGACUCCGCACCCGAUGCGCUGCCCAGAUGGGCAUUAUCGCCGCGCUAUCUUUGAGCUCGGCCCCUUCAUUGCCAACUACCCGGAACAGGUCUACCUAUCAUGCGUUGUUUACGGAUGGUGUCCAAAAUGCCGUGCCAUCCCAGAGGAGCUAGAAGAAGCUGGUCCUCCGCGAUUUCGACAGCACACAGAGGCUCUCAUCGACGCCUUCAAUGAGAACACCCUCUGGGACACGUAUGGUAUCAUCAAGGACGUGAAGCCAUUCACAAGUUGGUUCCCCCGGGCCAACAUCCACGAGCUUCUCACCCCCGACAUCCUCCAUCAGCUCAUCAAAGGGACUUUCAAGGAUCACCUUGUCGCUUGGAUCGAAGACUGGAUCACAACACACUCGGAAUCGGCUCAGGAAGCGAAGCAAAUUUUAGACGAUAUCGAUCGCAGGCUCGCUGCCGUUCCCCCGUUCCCUGGGCUUAGACGCUUCAAGAAUGGUCGCAAUUUCAAGCAGUGGACUGGGGAUGAUUCAAAAGUCCCCUGCCUCCUGCAAAUUUUUCAAGGUCGGCUCCUGCUUCGCAUACCUCACCGGGCACCCAUCGCCCUCGUCACCCCAUGUCGCCACAUCGCCUGCUUCGUCCGCCUCCCCUGUCGCACCUCCCUCAUCUCGCUCGCCACGUCCGUCUCACUGCCUCGUCCGCACUUUGCCCGCCCGCCCGCCUACUGUGUCCCCAAUCGCAGGGAGCACGACGCUGACCCCCCGGCUCAAGAUGUCCCUGGGUCUCCCACCCACACUCGCCGCAGGUCAGCUCAUGCAUCGCCCACCUCUCCCGCGUUGCCCACCUUGCCGCCCAUUGUGCCCGCGCCCAUGUCGCCCAUCCUUGCCUGUGUCUGUGCCGCCCACCUCGCCCGUCCCGCCCUCGCCCUCGUCGCCACGUCGUCCACUGUGCCCGUCUCUCCCGUGUCUUGCACCUUGCCCGUUUCGCUCGCAUCGCCGCCGCCUCGUUCAUCUUGCCCACCUCACCCGUUUUACACGGGUCCGUUUCGCCUGUCUCAGCCACGUAGCCCACCCAUCUCGCACACCUCUCGCUCCUCAAGGCCUCACCUGUCUUGCUCGGUCUUGCCUGCCAUUCCCAUAUCGCCCACCUCAUCCGCGUCACCUGCGUCUCACCCAUGCCUCGACGUCUUGCCCCGCGUCGCCGCGCGAUCCACCUCGCCCGCCCGCCUAUCUUAUCAAUAUCAUCUCACUCGGAUCCAUCUCUUCAACCAUGCCAUCUCUACCUACUAUGCCCCAAGCGAGCUCCACGGCACCAACGGCAUGCAUCGUGACCUUCUGCGAUGCAAUCCCAAGUGGUUCCAUGGCAAAGGGCGAUACGACACCUGUCUUGUACAGAUCGACGAUGACGCAGUCGGCCUCGCAAGCGCAAUUCCCGCGCGACUACUCUCCUGCUUCUCGUUCCAUUAUCAAGGCAGAAAACACGAAUGCGCACUAGUAGAGUGGUUUGAGUACGAAGACGACAGCGCAGACCCCCUCACUCACUUAAGGUCCCGGAGUUACCCCGAUCAAGUCGGUCAGCCGGGACACCGCCAUUUGCCGAAGGUACCGUUCACCCGGGCUCGGCCGGACUCACCCGGUUACCUCGGCAGAGUCGUCCGGCCGGACUCACCUGGUUUUCCCAGGGGAGUCGUUCGGCCGGACUCCCCUGGUUUUCCUGGGGGAGCCGUUCGGCCGGACCCGGUUGAAGUAAGUAUGGUGUAUAGUAUGUGUAAAUAUGUUGUAGGGUGUAUGUAA